CGUCCCGGGGCCCUUAAAGGACGUGGCCCCCGUUUAAAACGGGGAGGGAGCUAGUGCUGCCCGCCCGCCUGAGCUGGGGGUGUGUGGAGGAGGGGGUCCCUGCAACGGCGAGAGUGCGUGGAUACCUAGGGGGUCGAGGAAAAGGGCCCCCGACCUCGCCCCAAGAGGGCCCCCCUCUACUGGGCUGCUCCCCGAUGAGGGGGGCGGGACCGGGUCGGCGUCCCGAAGGUGUAGACGGAGCUGGUGUAGACCGGCGCUCCCCGGCCCCUUCUGGGGGUGCGGGCCCCCGCCCCUCAUUUGAAGUUUUUUUUCCUGAGAAAUACAAUGUUUCCAGCGGAUGAUCACGAAGCUGGUCCGUGCCCCGCCCGUCCCCAGGCCCAGCUGCACCGCCAGCUGUGCGUGCUCGGGGGGCCAGCCACUCCGGGCUGCGGUUUUGCCCGAGCAGGCCGCGAACGGGCCGCCUCGUUACGCGUUUCGGGCAGGGUGCUGGCUUCUGCCCCUGCGCGGAGCGGGAACAACUUGGGAAAUAGCCCGCAGGGUUCACCCAGGACGUCUACACCAUUUGGUUCAGCGCGUGGCAAAGAGAAAAGAGUAUCUAAUGAUGUGGAAAACUAUUUCAAACCUUCAAUGCUUGAGGACCCCUGGGCAGGACUAGAACCCGUUUCUGUAACAGAUGUAAACCAAAAAUACAACAAUGAGCAAACGGUGUUCACUGGCAAAAGGGGGAGAUAUUUUAGUUAAACGUUUCUAAAGUUCCAAUGGAGCUCUGAUCUGUCAGAAAAAGAACAAGACAUCUUUAUUUAAACAAUAACAAAGUUGUACUCCACUGCCACCUGGAUACAAAUGCUGCCUCUGAAGAUCACCAGCAAUUGAUUUAAAGAGAUUUUGAUAUAUUUCAUGCCUCACGUGGGCCCUGUGCUCUACUUCUCUUGUGGACUAGUAAAGUACCCCUAAUUUUUUUUAACAUUUGUAGUAAGAGCUUUGUAUGUCCUUAUUUUGUAAUGUUUUCUUCGUGAAGCUUUUCAGAUGUUCUAUCAACAGAAUUUGGAGCUCAUGAAAUAGCCUAUUUUGUAAAUAUCAUGCUAUUCGUCUUUUGUAAUUUUAACAAAAUGUUCUACUUACACCAUUUCAGGAAAGAACUGUUGCAGUCUUUGGAAAUGAAAUUGUUAAACUAAUAAUGCACAUUUGGGUGUGUAUUUGUUCAUUGGGUUUUUAGUUUCCUUCCAAACCCACACUUAAAUAAUGAGGCAUCAUUAGCAAUCUCUACAGUCUGUUUGGCCACCCUGUAUAUAAGCACAUACUGUUCAACAAUAAAUGACUGGAAAAAUGUU